UGUUAAACGUGGCCUGCUGUCGAAAGCGUCUGCUUGCGGCCGCUGUCUUGCUGUCUACGCUCUUCUGCGAUGCGCUCGGCCCGCUAGUCACUGGUCGAGUUCAUUGUCAGGCCAGAUCUGCACGCUUGAGGGCUCGCGCGUCUUCGCCGCUCUCUUGUCAUUUGGCUUUCUGACUCGCGACUGCUGAGACUUCGGCAAAAAUGCCGCUCUUCGGGAAGAAGGAUUCUGCCAAGAAAGCAAAGAAGGAAGCCGAGAAGCAGCCGUCGGUGGAAGACAAGUACGUCCUGAAAGAGCUGCUGGGAACAGGGGCCUUCUCCGAGGUUCGCCUGGCGGAGAGUAAGGAGAAACCGGGCCAGAUGUUCGCCGUCAAGAUAAUAGACAAGAAGGCGCUCAAGGGCAAAGAAGACUCCUUAGAGAACGAAAUAAAAGUUCUGCGAAGAUCUUGCAGAUAUGACGCCGUGGAAAUGAAGCCACUAGCAAGAUAG